AACCUGCGUUACAUUAUUCACAUGCAAACACUGAAUGACUGAAACACAUUGAAGCGAGUACUGUUUCAUUUAGGAGCUGGGUUUUGGGUAGGAGCUCUUCUUCGCCUUAUUAGAAUUUAGAAGAGAUCAGAUGGCUGAGGUUGGAUUACCAUGGUGUGGUUUGAGGUGGAGUAUGGGAUUAGUUGUGGCCGGUUUUCUUGUUGUGGCUUUAGUAGUUGGUUCACUACAAGAAACACUCCAACAAGAUGCUUCAACACACAAUGGGAUUGAAAAGUUCCGUUCUUGCUAUUUAAACAGACUGUUAAGCUUUGUAUGGAGACCGGGGCGAUUGGGCUAUGUGGCUGUUUGGCCUGAAAUGGAGUUUGGGUGGAAAAUUGUGGUGGGAACGAUCAUUGGAUUCAUUGGAGCUGCGUUUGGGACUGUGGGAGGAGUAGGUGGGGGUGGCAUUUUUGUUCCUAUGCUCACUUUGAUUAUCGGGUUCGAUGAUAAAUCAUCAACAGCGUUAUCAAAGUGUAUGAUCACAGGUGGAGCAGCUUCUACUGUUUUUUACAACUUAAGGUUAAGACAUCCCACCCUUGAUUUGCCUAUCAUCGACUAUGACCUGGCGCUUCUCGUCCAACCGAUGCUUAUGCUUGGAAUUAGCAUUGGAGUUACUUUCAAUGUAAUUUUUGCUGAUUGGAUGAUUACAGUGUUGCUAAUCAUUAUUUUCUUAGGCACAUCAACCAAGGCCUUCAUCAAGGGAGUAGAGUCUUGGAAAAGAGAAACUAUACUGAAGAAGGAACUUGCCAGACGAAUGCAGUCAGAUGGUGAUGGUAGGGAAGAAAUUGAAUACAGACCUUUACCUGGUGCUCUGAUCAACAGUAGGCUCUCAGGAACAAGCGUGUCUAAAAGAAACAAGGUUUCUAUUUUUGAGAAUAUUCACUGGAAGGAACUUGGACUUCUUGUUGCUGUCUGGAUCUUAAUACUUGCAUUGCAGCUUGCUAAGUAUUAUACCACAACUUGUUCGGUAGCAUAUUGGGUACUGAACCUCAUGCAGAUUCCUGUGGCUUUUGGAGCAAGUUCAUAUGAGGCUGUUAGACUAUACUACGGACAAAGAGUGAUUUCAUCCCAGGAUGUAUCAAGCACAAAUUGGAAAGUGCAUCAUCUUGUUCUUUAUUGUGGUUGUGGCAUAAUAGCUGGUAUAGUUGGUGGUUUGCUUGGACUUGGUGGAGGCUUCAUUUUGGGUCCUCUUUUUCUGGAGCUGGGAAUUCCACCUCAGGUGUCGAGUGCCACUGCUACAUUUGCCAUGACAUUUUCUGCAUCCAUGUCAGUUGUCGAAUACUACCUCCUCAACCGUUUUCCAGUUCCAUACGCUCUCUACUUUGCUGCUGUGGCCAGCUUCUCAGCCCUUGUAGGGCAACAUGUAGUGAGAAAAGUUAUAAACAUCUUAGGGAGAGCGUCUAUAAUUAUCUUCAUCCUUGCUGCAACGAUAUUUGUGAGUGCAAUAUCACUAGGUGGGGUUGGCAUAGCGAAUAUGAUUGAAAAGAUUGAGAACAAAGAGUAUAUGGGUUUCGAAAAUAUGUGUACUUAACAGCUUCAAUUUUUUAUUUUCUUAUGAUUGUACUACUUCAAAGAUAGAAGGGACUGAAAGAAAUCUUAUUAGACCAACUAAACUUGUAGUACUGUUAAUCUUUACUGU